CUGGAGGAAUUCAGAGACUGCACGAGAGCAGGAGAUUCGGGGGUUUGAUGAUUAGGGUUCAAAUCGAGCUUCUUCAGAGAGGCCGCUACGGCCUGGACAGAUUUUUCCUUUUCCAUCAAAAUUUCGAAUUUCGCAGCUCCGGUGGAGGAAUCAGGACUCAAACAGGGGAAAAAGUUGACCGCUGCAAAAGUGAUUUUGGGUAUCAAGAAUGAAGUCUUUUCUGGACAUUUGCUGUUGAUUUUGAUAAGAAUGGUGGCUAUUAGGAUUUAAAAGGUAUUGGCUGAGUUCGCAUGUGUCCAAAUUUGAACAGACAGGACGAGAUUGAAGUAGUGAUAAGAAAAAGGAGCUCAGUGCUGGGGUGUGUAUUACAUGAUGGCCCUUGGGGUGUGAGAAUAGAACAGAUAGUAAGGGACGAUGAAGAGAGAAGCAGGAGAAAAGAAAAUUAGGCAACAAACGUUGCUAGGAUUCAUUAGAUUAGUGUUUAUAGGGGAUGAAUAGAAAAGGGUUGCUCGGUGAAGAAAAAGGACCAUGAGUGGGUUUUUGAUUAUGAGAUUAGCUAGGAAAGUCGUAUUUGACCACCGUAAUUUCUUUCUUUAAAACCCCUAAAAUCUCAAAAUCCAUGCAAGUCUGAUUUUCCAAAUUAUCUCUGGGCAUUACUUAACACACACUUCUCAUACAAAGUUCAUAAAAAAAAAAGCGCAAAUUCCAUGAUAUCAUCUCUUGGGAACCCAUUGCUUAUCCUCUUAGUAAUUAGUAGUAUCUUUGUCCUUCCGGCAGCUGGACAAGGUAACCCCAGUGUAAGUGUGGGUGACUCUCUCCUUGCUAAUGAUGACAACCUUACUUGGCAAUCUCCUUCAGUUGAUUUUGCAUUUGGGUUUCGUCAAGUUCCAGACGAACAAGAUCGAUUCCUCCUUGCUAUCUGGUUUGACAAGAUUCAGAAUAAAACCAUAGUUUGGUCAGCAAAUGUAACCGUGGAGAAAGGAUCCUGGGUGGAGCUUACCAAUGAUGGCCUUGUACUUAGGGCUCCCUCUGGCGUGGAGCAAUGGAGGUCUAACAUCAAGGGAGAUGGUGGCACAGGGGUAUCCAAUGCAUCCAUGCUAGACAACGGAAACUUUGUGAUAAAAAACAGGAACUCAGGCAACUUGUGGGAGAGCUUCAAAGAUCCAACAGACACGCUCUUGCCAGGACAAGUGCUACGCAAUGAUAGCAUGCUUUCAUCAGCCUUGUCCCCAACAAGCUACAAGAGGGGAAAAUUUCAACUCCGCUUCUCCUCUGGUUCUCUAGUACUCAAUCAAAUAGAUGUCUUCAACAAGAAACCUUUCAAUCAUUACUUCAACAUCACAAAUGGUGUCAGCUUGAUCUUCAACGAAUCCGGGUAUAUACAGAUCGAGGACUCAAGCGGAAACAAAACCAACAUUGCACCAACAACAGCUGCCCCAGGAAAGGACUCGUAUUACAGAGCAACACUUGAUUUUGAUGGAGUAUUCACCCUGUAUUCUCACUCAAAGAUCUCCAACGGAGAUGAAGACUGGUCAUCCUGGUGGCAUGCACUGAACGGUCAAGGUAAAGAUAUCUGCUCCAGCUUUUGGAAUGCACCAGAUCUGGGAAGCGGACCUUGUGGGUACAACAGCAUCUGUCACACUGACCAGAACGGGAGAGCUAUUUGCGAAUGUCCCCUUGGAUUUUCCUUCCUGGAUGUCAAGAAUCCGCACUACGGAUGCAGGCCAGAUUACCAGAGCUACCCGGGAGACUGUAAUGAGGAUGGCUCCACUACUAAGGACUAUCGUUUAGAUUUCAAGUCAAUGAGAUUUGUGGAUUGGCCUGCGAGUGACUAUGAAACCCUGAAUCGUGUAAAUGAGACUGACUGCUGGAAGUCUUGCCUUCUUGACUGUACUUGUGCAGUAGCCAUCCUGGAAGAACCAGAGCUGAGCAAUGGCAUUGGCCGCUGCUGGAAGAAGAAACUGCCACUUUCAAAUGGGCGGAAGGAUAACGAAAACAUUAAUAGAAAAGUGCUCAUCAAGACACUGAUAUCGAAUGAAUCUUUCAACCCAGCUUCCACUCCAAAUCCAGAUAAAGAAAAGCAGAAUCAACCUGUACUCAUUCUGGCAGUCCUAUUGGGCACAUCUGCGUUUUUCAACAUCUUUACUGUGGCUGUGUUUUCCCUGAUCCUCUUCUUCUUCUACCAAAGAAAGCUUCAAGAGCUCAGUAGAAUCGGCACGAAAGGAGAGAAUGAGAUGAAUCUACAUUCUUUCACAUACAACGAACUCGAAGAAGCCACAAAAGGAUUCAAGGAAGAACUGGGAAAGGGUGCUUCUGGAACUGUUUAUAAAGGAGAACUUUCUAGGACUUAUGUUGCCGUAAAGAAACUAGACAACAUUCUUCAAGAAAGGGAGAAGGAGUUCAAGACAGAAGUGAAUGUGAUUGGACAAACUCAUCACCGGAAUCUGGUUAGAUUGCUUGGAUACUGUGAUGAGGCUGAGCACCAGCUUUUGGUGUUUGAGUUGAUGCAGAACGGAUCACUUGCAAGCUUCCUAUUUGGAGCUCUAAGGCCCAGUUGGCAACAGAGAUUACAGAUUGCCUCUGGGAUUGCAAGAGGACUCAGAUACCUGCACGAAGAAUGCAGCACUCAGAUCAUUCACUGUGACAUAAAGCCUCAAAACAUUCUCCUCGAUGAUUCUUUCACGGCAAAAAUCUCUGAUUUUGGAUUGGCAAAGCUGUUGAUGAACAGCAAGAGCAGGACGCUGACAGGUAUCAGGGGGACUAAAGGGUACGUGGCCCCGGAGUGGUUUAGGAGCGUCCCUGUCACAGUGAAAGUAGAUGUAUACAGCUUCGGGGUUAUGCUAUUGGAGAUCGUCUGUUGCAGAAGAUGUGUCAGGUUUGAGAUGGAGGAGGCAGCAAUCCUGACAGAAUGGGCAUAUGAUUGCUACAUUGAAGGUAUGCUGGAUAAGUUGGUCGAAAAUGAUGAAGAGGCUAGAAAUAACAUGGGGAGGGUGGAGACGCUGGUGAAGGUAGCAAUGUGGUGCGUGCAAGAAGAGCCUUCACAGAGGCCUUCCAUGAGGGCAGUCACUAUGAUGCUUGAAGGCGCUGUCCUAGUUCCUGCUCCUCCAUGCCCCUUCCCAUACAGCUCCAAGUCUCAUCAUUCAUUAACAUGAAAUCCAAGUUACUGGUAGUUAAGCAAGAUUAUUGGCAAGAUUUUUCCUUUUCCACUACUGCAUUAAGGACA